CCUUCCUUCCCUGCAUCCCUGCAUCCCUCCCUUUGGCAGCUGCGUCGCCAGGGCAACCGAGGGAGGAGGAGGGAGGGGGUCUCCUUGCUGCCCUCGAGCUUGCCCCCCAACACCCACCCAUCAGAUGAAGCGAGGAAGAGGAGGAGGAGGAGGAGGAGGAGGAAGAGGAAGGCCCAGCCCGCCUCCAUGAACCAGCGUCGGCACCAUCCUCAUCAUCACCUUCACCAUCACUCUCGGAGGAGGAGGAGGAUGAGGGAGAAGCGGAGGAGGCCCCCUCCCCGAUGAAGAAGAGGAAGAGGAGGAGGAGGAGGAGGAAGGCCCAAAGGGGGGGGCCAGGGGGAGGAGGAGGAAGAGGAGGAGGAGGAGGAGGAGGGAGGCCCCUCCCGACGGAGAAGCAGGGCCUCGGCCCAGCACGCCCCCUCACCUGCCCCCUUCCUCUCCGUCCGGCCCUCGGAAGAUGAAUGCACUCCCCCAAGAAGCCCUGAUCUCGGUCUUUCUGCAGUUCAUUGAGGAUCGGGGCCGCUGGACCUACGGGGCCCUGAGCCGGACCUGCUCCCCGGGAGAACUCCUGCGCAACGAGAUGAACCUUCUGUACCGCAAGAGCAAGGUGGAGUGGAAGCAGAGCAAGGACGAGGAGCCCAAGAAGGGUUCGGCCAAGGAGCCCAGUGGUGGCGGUGGUGGCAGCGUGGGCAAGGUGCGUGACGUGGCCUCCUUCCGGCGCCACUUUAGGAUGGGCUUCAUGACGAUGCCGGCCUCGCAGGAGCACGCCCCGCACCCCUGCGCUAGCAGCAUGGCCCCCCGCUCCCUCUCCUGCCACUCGGUGGGCAGCAGCGUGGACACGGCCGGGGAGGGGGUCGGCGGCGGGUCCCGGAAGCCCCCCGCCAAGCCCAAGCGGCACCCCAGCACCAAGCUCAGCGCCGAAGCCAGGGCCGGGCUGGAGCCACUGGGCAGCAGCAAGAAGGCAGGUGAGCAAAAGUCCAGCGCCGAGAGCCGAGAGUCUGGGCGCAAGGUGCCCCCGCAGAAGCCGAAGCGCAGCCCCAACACACACCUCUCGGUCUCCUUCGACGAAGCCUAUUCCGGCCGCCUGCCGGGCCCUUCUCUGGCGGGGGCCCUGCAGCGCUACGGGCGGGCCUUCUCCCACAGCCCGGCCAAGGGCUCCGACCCAGAGGAGGACGAACCCGUCUACAUCGAGAUGGUGGGGGACAUUUUCCGGGGGCCCGGCCCACCUUCGCAGACCCCCGCCACGGCCGAUGAGGACUCUGACGAGAGCGAGGCCAUCUAUGAGGAGAUGAAGUACCCACUCCCCGAGGAAACCGGGGAGUCCCACCGUCCCUCCAGUGGGGACCCUUCCUCCCCGCGCCACCGGCCGGUCAAGCGGGAGUCCGGCAAGGCCACAGGGCCGGGCCCCAAGACGUCCCCCUGUGAGAUCCCACCCCCCUUCCCCAACCUCCUGCAGCACCGCCCCCCACUGCUGGCCUUCCCCCAGGCCAAGAAGGGUGGGUACAAAGGGGGCGGCGGUGGGCCGGACGGUUCCAAACUGCCCAUCCUGUGCCACACCAAGGAAGCCCCCUCUGCCCCCAUGACCCCACAAGUGCCCAGCCACCACCACCACCAGCGAGGAGGAGGAGGAGGCGGUGAAGGUGGUGCCUUGGCCCCCUCCGGCCGCGCACGUAGCCACUCCACGCCGCUGCCCCCACAGCCCUCCUCCGGCCAGAGCAAGGCCACUUCCUCCGCCGACAAGGAGCUGCCCAACUCCCACAGCAGCAGCGGCCCCGGCAUCAUCGGUGCCCCCACCAAGCAGCCCUCGGCCCCACCACCCCCCACCCCAGUCCCCUCCAUGCUGCCGGUCAAGGAGAAGCCCCCAGCCGUAUCCUACACCAUGGUCUACUCGGCGGUCAAGGUGACCACUCACACGGCCCCCACCGAGCAGAAGACGGAGAAGGAGAUUGCGGUGCUGCACGGGAUGCUGUGCACCCGGCCCUCCACCGUCCCCUCCACCUGCAAGCAGGCCCAGCGGGUGUGUGCCCUCCCCGCCGAGUCCCCCCCGCCCCCUCCGCUGGGCAUGGUCUGGACCUACCCUGCCCCCUGUGUGGGGAUCAAGCGCCCGCCCGCCUACGAGAGUGUCAAGAGUGCUGCCGCCAAGGCCGCCUCCUCGGCAGCGGUCAAGAUGCAGCUGCAGGACCGGGCGCUCACCAGCCUGGCCUGCUCCCACCUGCUCUCCGGAGAAGACCUCGGGCGUGCCACGGUGGCCGGAGAGGAGGACCCCUUCGGGUGGGUGCUGCACCGCAGGAUGGGAUACGCCGGCCGGAAGAGCAAGGAAGCAGAGAAGUCCGCCGAGGGUCCCCCGGCUUGGGACCACAGCGACAGCCCGCAGCCCACCAAAAUGGAGAAGGAGGAGAAAGCCGGGCCGGGCCCGCUGCAGUCCAGCAUCCCCGUCCGCACGCCGGGGUCCGAAAGCCUGGCCGGGGCCAAGGUGCCGGCGGCGGGGAGGACCAACCUGCCCGUUCCCUGCCAGACCUUCCCCGCCUGCCACCGGAACGGAGAUUUCACCAGCGGCUACCUACUGGGCCGUUCGGCCUCCACCUCCGGGGUGCGGCACGCCGUGUUCCAUGCGCAGAGGCCGUGCAGCCACCCCCGGGACCCAGCCAGCCUGGCCUUGCAGCAUGUGCAACUCCCGGCCCCCGGGGGUCUCCUGCCGGCCUCCCGCGAAAGGGAUGGGAAGCUCCUGGAGGUGAUUGAGCGCAAGCGGUGCGUCUGCAAGGAGAUCAAGGCGCGCCACCGCCCGGAGCGCAGCCUCUGCAAGCAGGAGAGCAUGCCCAUCCUGCCCAGCUGGCGGAGGAACACGGAGAACCGCAAGUCCGGCACGCCGCCCUGCCGCCGCCAGCAGACAGUGCUCUGGGACACGGCCAUUUGACAGGCGGCGGGGGGGAGGAGGAGGAGGAACCGGUGCCUUGUGCUGGCCACGCCAAAGCCCACGCAUGGCGCAGGGCCAGACUGCUGGUGGCAUGCUGCCCCCGCCCUCCCCACGCUCCCUGGGGGAAGACCCACCAGAGACCGAGUCGUGGGCCAAUUGGGGCAUCGCUGUGGCUGGAGACUUUUGAUAAAGUGGGCAACGUUC